GCGGAAAGGUUUUACUCGGCGAGGUUCAGAGCCCUGCGGAGUGACCUCGGCCCGGGCAUUCUGCGGAGCUUGCUGAGCAGCCCAGGGGGGCUCGUCCGCCACCUCGCUCGCCGCCGCCCGCGCCAUGGCGCUGUCUCGCCCCGUUGUGCCGUUUGUCGACGGCGCCGCCGGGGAGCCGGUGGACUGGCUGAAGUGGGACGACUCGAACCUGGUGUGGAAGUGCCUCAUCUGCCCGCAGUGGGACGAUAACGGGGCAGACGCCAAGCAGGCGCAGGGCGACCCUUGGUGCGAGCACUUCAAGAGUCGCGAGCACCUCAGGAAGGUUCGCAACUGGGCGCCGGGGACGACCGUUAACCCGGAGCACCCGGGCGCGGUGCCGCCGCCACCGCGGGCUCUGGGCUGGGGCGCUUGCGCCGCGGCGCCUCCACCAGCGCCGGCAUGGGGGGCGCGGGGCGUCGC